GGCGGACUCCUCGUUAACUUUGGUUCUCACCACAGCAGGCUAGGGUUAGGGUUUUGCGAGUCGUUCCCAGAGCUUUCAUUGCGAUCUCCGCCGCCAGCGAAGAUGGGUCACUCCAACGUCUGGAACUCCCAUCCCAAGAACUAUGGCCCUGGAUCUAGGGCUUGCCGUGUUUGUGGCAAUCCGCAUGGUUUGAUUCGGAAGUACGGGCUCAUGUGUUGCAGGCAGUGCUUCCGCAGCAAUGCCAAGGAUAUUGGCUUCAUCAAGUAUCGUUAAAAAGGAAGAAAGCAUGCUCUAGACAGGCGAUAGAGGAAGAAGACUUGUGGACAUGAUUUCCCCUUUUAUUGCUUUUUAGUUUCUAAAGUAGGGCAGUUAUUGAAGACAUAUGAGCUCUUCGAAAGAAAUUGUUGAAGUUUGUUUCUCGUUCUUCUGGAUUUUGUAGAAUAUGUACUGAAUUUUCAUUCAGAUGUGAGAAUUCUUCUUUCUAAAUUCAGAUGUUGCAUGCAUUUUGUGUU